AUCAAGUAAGCUUGAGCUUCCAGUGAGAAACCCAAACGGUUAACUUAUCAAGUUCUCAACGAAAAAUGGCGCGAACUUUGUUGUUUCUGGUGCUCCUGUGCUCGUGCACUGCCCUAUUAACCUGCACCAAUGGCGGCGACGGCGGCGCGGGCCUCCGCAUGAAGCUCACCCACGUCGACGCCAGGGGGAACUACACCGAUGAGGAGCUCGUGCGGCGGGCCGUCGCCGUCGGCAGGCAGCGGCUGGCCGUCGUGGACGCCAUGGCCAGCGGCGGCGGCGGCGGCGGCGUGGGCGUGCCCGUCCACUGGGCGACGUUGCAGUACGUCGCGGAGUACCUCAUCGGCGACCCGCCGCAGCGCGCGGAGGCGCUCGUCGACACCGGCAGCGACCUCGUCUGGACGCAGUGCUCGACCUGCCUCCGAAGGGUCUGCGCCAAGCAGACCCUGCCGUACUACAACUCGUCGGCGUCGAGCAGCUUCGCGCCGGUGCCGUGCAAGGAGAAGCUGUGCGCGGCCAGCGACCUGUACUUCUGCGCCCUCGAUGGCGGCUGCUCUGUGAUCGCCAGCUACGGCGCCGGCUCCAUCGUCGGAUUCCUCGGCACCGAGGCCUUCUCCUUCCAGUCCGGCACGGCGGAGCUAGCGUUCGGGUGCGUGACAUUUACGAUCAUCUUCCCCGGUGCCCUCCAGGGCUCCUCCGGCCUCAUCGGCCUCGGCCGCGGCCGCCUCUCGCUGGUGUCGCAGACCGGCGCCAAGAAGUUCUCCUACUGCCUCACCCGCUAUUUCCACAACAACGGCGCCUCCGGCCACCUGUUCGUCGGCGCGUCGGCGAGCUUGGGCGGCGGCGACGGCCCCGUGAUGACCACGCCGUUCGUGAAGGGCCCCAAGGGCUCGCCCUUCUACUACCUCCCCCUCGUCGGGCUCACCGUCGGGAAGACGAGGCUGCCGAUCCCGAGCACGGUGUUCGACCUCCGGGAGAUCGCCCCGGGCGUCGUGGUCGGCGGCGUCAUCAUCGACUCCGGCACACCGUUCACGUCGCUCGUCCCCGACGCGUACGACGCGCUGGCCGCCGAGCUGACGGCGCAGCUGAACGGCAGCCUCGUGCCCGUGCCGCCGCCGGGCGACGGCAGCGCCGUCGGCGCGGGCGCGCUGUGCGUGGCGCGACGCGACGUGGACAGGGUGGUGCCGACGCUGGUGUUCCACUUCCGCGGCGGCGCGGACAUGGCGCUGCCGCCGGAGAACUACUGGGCGCCGGCGGACAAGGCGACGGCGUGCAUGGCGAUCUACGCCGGCGGGAGGUACCGGAGCCUGAUCGGCAACUUCCAGCAGCAGAACAUGCACGUGCUCUACGACCUCGCCAAUGGCGAGUUCUCCUUCCAGGCCGCCGAGUGCAGCGCGCUCUGAUCUACAAGCAUCGCUCCUAUCCGACGGGACGAACACCCUGCAAGCAUCACAAAUUUGUGGUAACAACCACAAAUAAACACUACGGUGUGCAUCUCGAGAUCUUCUCGAUUACCCUAAAAGAAUGAUCUCCACGUAUAUUAAGUAUAAGUAAACAAAUAAAUACUCAUGCUACGUUAUUAAUAGAAUUUCAAUAAGACAUGAGAUGUUCAUUCGUCUCUUGAAACGUCGUAUUUUCGGUGCACUCGUCGGUGUAUCCUUAGGCUAUUCUCAAUGACAUAUUUCAUUUCACAGUUUACAAGUGUGAUACGUCAGUAUUUCAGUUUUGUUAGAGCAUCUCCAAUAGUCUCUUUCAUUUCACAAUUUCAUAGACAUAGUAAAAUAUUAAAUUCCUGCAUAAGAGUGUGAUCAAAUGUGUCAUGCAAAUUGCUGGUGAAAAAAAUAUUUGGCCUCAAUGGACUUUCAUUU